GGGAGAAAUUAAGCGCGGUCGGCACUUGCUGUGAGGGGAAGGCACUGCCCGCUACUGCUGCUGCUGCUGAUGAUGUUGUUACUUGAUGAUGCUGAUGUUUUUCUAUAGUUUAUUUGAUACGUACGUAAGCUUUAAUCCAAUUCUAGACAAAAAGUGGUGACGAUGAUGGCGGAACCACACGUUACUUAUUCUCUCCGUCAGUCUCCGUCAAUACUACCUACUUACUCCGUAGAUAACCUGUCCGCUCGUCCGGAUAAUGGAUGAGCGACUGAUUAUUCCCUACUAUGUCCUACUAUGUCUUUCAGGCCCUGCAUGCCAGCCAUGCAAUCCCGCGCGCUCCUUCCCGAUUCUGUCUCCCACCGUGACUGCCUCUCGCGGGCUUCCGGUGAUUGGUCUCGCCCGGGCGACGGUCAGCUGACUCAGCCGGUGCCCGUUGGGACACACGGUCCUUCCCGAGCUCCUCCCCGGCUUCUCCCGCAUCUAGAACGACUAGAGAAUCCAGCGUUGACAUCUUCUCCACCACUUAGUUUUAAACCAGAAGCACGGGGAGAAUCCGGGGCAGUCAAGCUCCACUCUUCUUCAAUUGCCCGUUUUACCCCAUUAUCAUCCAUCGACGAGCCCGUUUAUUCCCGCGGUUGUGUUCGAUCAUGCACACUGGCUUGUUGCCGGUGCUGGGACGAUGUUAUCAGGCCGAAUCACCAUGCCCCUGCUGCACUGUCGCUGCCCACUUAUCCCAGGAACAUUGUUCAGUCAAGGGCGUACUUCGAUGUCGAAUUUCGAUAUCGGAUCCUAUCCAGUUUGGCCAGGUCGAGACUCUUAUAUCUAUCAGCCCUCUCGAUGAAGACACGAGGUCGAUGGACGCACUGCAUGCUGCUGUCAGCUAUCGGCAAUGAUUUUGGAUCCGACGCUUCAAACACUUUCGCAAGCUGCCUCAUAAAUGUUGUUAUGGGCGGUACUAAGUUAUCACUGUCAUUUGGCAUGAACACAUUGGAGAGUCUGCUCUGCUGUGAUGAUCAGUUGCUCGUCGGCUCGCGCACACCUCGCCAUCAGCUAUCUCCUGCAAGUAAGCCAUGCGAGGAUGACAUCCUCUAAAGCACAAUGAAAAGGCAUAUUGCUCAAUGAGCGUGUUCGAGGUUUUCACUGGCUA